AUGACACGGUAUCUCUACGCUACUUCUCUUAUGAACUCGAUUGCAAUUGUUGGAGGCAAUGGCUUCCUAGGAAGAAAAAUUUGUGAAGUCGGUGUUAGACUUGGCUGGUCGGUUACUUCUUUGUCUCGAUCCGGUAAACCGCCUUCGCCUGUCUCGUAUCUGGAUAAUGCUUGGAUCUCCAAAGUCCAGUGGACACGAGCUGACUUAUUUGAACCGGACACUUAUAAGAAACAUUUGGCCGGAAAGACGGCGGUUGUACAUUCAGUGGGAAUCUUGUUUGAAAAUCAAUCGUAUAAACAAACUAUCAACUCGAAUUUCAAUUUCUUGAAUGACAUUCAGAAAUUGGGAAACAUGAUGCAGGGCCCGAACCCCAUGGAACGUGAUUCCAAACAAACAUACGAAGCAAUUCAACGGGACCUGGCUGUGCUUCUUGCUGAUGCAUAUUUGGAGGAGCUGGGCUCUGAAGCAAAACCUACGUUUGUAUACAUUUCAGCAGACAAUAAGCCUCCCAUUGUCCCAGAUGGCUAUAUCACUUCCAAAAGGGAGGCCGAAUUUGAACUCUCGUGCAAAGAAGGCUUACGUUCCAUUUUAAUGAGACCAGGGAUUAUGUAUGACGAAAACGAACCAAUAAGCAACAACAGAAGAUUGUUCUCCAAGUUUUUGGAUUUAGGGUACAAGGUGAAGAGCAAUGUAUUAGGACAUGGUAUUCCAGGAUUAGAUGCUUUGGUGAGACCCCCAGUUUCGACAGAAAAAGUUGCCCUCAAGAUUUUUGAAAAGAUCGAAGACCCAACUUUCUCUGGCGUAGUGCUGCUUGAGGAGAUAGCCAAGUUCUAG